ACUGCUCCGCGCCUGCACUUGCUAAACUGAAGCUAUACGGUUUACUUCUAUUGGGAAUAGGACAUUACUAAAUGUUAAUCCAUUCGUAAGAUUGAGACACUUCAAUGUGUGGUUUCGCAUUUUCUCAUUCUUUUUGAGGUUGUGAGAGAUCAUGUCAAGGUAGAGGUAACGUUAGACUGCAUUCCGUACUGGUUAACACCAAGAGCACCCCCCCACUAGUCCAAAUGAAAAGAAGCGGCGCGUACAGGUUCUUGUCGGUAUUCUCUUGCUUUUUUGUUUUCGCCUUCUUGUUUUUGUUUUGGUAUUUUGUGGUUUAUUCAAUGGUGCACGCUCCUUGAAAUGCAUACUACACGUCAGAUAAGCUAAUGUUGUUAGCCACAACUUGGCUGUCAUCCAGACUUCCCAGACUGCACUGCUUUAUUUAUACGACGCUCCGGUCACAUGAUCUCAACAAGGAAGUGAUACUUUUGUUUGGUUAAAUUAGCCUAUUAGUACAUUUUCAAUGGCGUCCAGCUCUGGUGAAGCCGGGUCUUCUCCAGUGGACGCAAAGUUGCAGUUCGCUCCCUUCUGCAGCGCUUUGGAGGCAGGCUUCUGGCACCAACUCACUCAGAAAAAACUAAAUGACUACAGGCUGGAUGAAAGCCCGAAAUGUAUCAAAGGCUACUACUAUAAUGGUGACCCAAUCAGCUUGCCUACACGUCUCACUUUAGAGUUCAGUGCAUUUGAUGUGGAUGGAAAAACCCCAGCGCGCUGCUGUCCAGCUGUAGGAACUCUGUACAACACCAACACCCUGGAUGCCUUCAAGACCACUGAUAAGAAAGGUCUGCUGGAGAAACAGGCUCAAGAGAUAUGGGAUGCGAUUCAGUCUGGGGCUGCGAUGAAGGACCCUUCAGUUCUCUGCAAAUUCCUUCUGCUCACCUUUGCUGAUUUGAAGAAAUACCAUUUCUACUAUUGGUUCUGCUUCCCUGCACUCUGUUUCCCCGAGGGGAUAAAGAUUCUGCAGCAGCCCUCUCUUCUGCAAGACGUUUUCUCUGCUAAACAGAUCGAAGCCCUGCAGGGGGCCUACGACGGUCUGUGCAGUCAGAGUGGGACCACCGCGGUGCCCUACUUCCUGGUCAGGUACACAGACGAAGGCGUGCAGGUUGCUCCCCUGGCGGAGUGGGAAACCUUCCUGACCGAUAAGAAGAAGGUUACCGUGGGCGUCUAUGAUCCAUGCACUCUGUCCCAACAUCCGGGGUGGCCUCUGAGGAACCUCUUGAUCCUACUGGCUUACCAAUGGGCUUCUAAGGUGGACAAGGUGGAGGUGCUGUGCUUCAGGGACAGAACACUUCAGGGCAGCCGAUCCAUUCAGCAUAGCAUCAUCUUCCAAGUCCAACUUCCUGAGGUGCCCCACAACUCAGUGUGUCCCAAGAGCGUGGGUUGGGAAAAGAACGCCAAGAACGCCAUGAGUCCCAGGAUGGUGAACCUCAGCGAAUGUAUGGACCCCAAAAGGCUUGCGGAGUCCUCGGUGGACCUCAACUUGAAGCUCAUGCGAUGGAGGCUGGUUCCUUCCCUGGAUCUAGACAAGGUGGUCAGCACCAAGUGUCUGCUGCUCGGGGCUGGGACUCUGGGCUGCAACGUAGCCAGGACUCUCAUGGGAUGGGGUGUACGUCACAUCACGUUUGUCGACAACGCAAAGAUCUCCUACUCCAACCCGGUCCGGCAGCCUUUGUACGAGUUUGAGGACUGCCUUGGAGGGGGCAAAUCCAAAGCAACGGCAGCUGCCGAUCGACUCACCAAAAUCUUCCCAGGAGUGAACACCCGGGGCUACAACAUGAGCAUCCCCAUGCCGGGCCACCCGGUGGACUUCUCUGCCGAGACGCUAGCACAGGCCCAGAAGGACGUGGAGCAGCUGGAGAAGCUGGUCUCCCAGCACGACGUGGUCUUCCUGCUCAUGGACACUAGGGAGAGCCGCUGGCUACCCACCGUGGUGGCCGCCAGCCAGAGGAAGCUGGUGAUGAACGCAGCUCUGGGCUUCGACACCUUUGUUGUCAUGAGACACGGCUUGAAGAACCCCCCAGCCAAUCAGGAUGCGGGAACAGGCGUAGACUCCUCCCCUUCCGCCUCUUCUACUUCCUCUUCCCAGUCCACUCCGGCCGGCGCUGCCCCUGCGGCACAGGGGUCCUCUCUGUUCUCCAACAUUCCCGGACACAGGCUGGGCUGUUACUUUUGCAAUGACGUCGUCGCACCCGGAGAUUCAACAAGGGACCGGACACUGGACCAGCAGUGCACCGUGAGCCGCCCGGGCCUGGCCAUGAUCGCAGGAGCGCUGGCUGUAGAGAUGAUGGUGUCCAUUCUGCAGCACAGUGAAGGGGGCUAUGCGAUAGCAAGCAGCAGUGACGACCGGAUGAAUGAACCUCCUACCUCUUUAGGCCUUGUGCCACAUCAGAUUCGAGGCUUCCUGUCCAGGUUUGACAACGUCCUGCCUGCCAGCCUGGCAUUUGACAAAUGCACUGCCUGUUCACCUAUCGUGCUGGACCAGUACGAGAGGGACGGCUUUCACUUCCUGUCGAAAGUGUUCAACUCCUCCCACUCCUUCCUUGAAGACCUCACGGGACUGACCCUGCUGCACCAGGAGACCCAGGCCGCAGAGAUCUGGGAUAUGAGCGACGACGAGAGCAUCUGAAAGGCGAAGCUGCUCAAAGAACCAUCUUCCAGGAAGACAAAGGGCCUUUCACAUCAGUGUGUUGCCUGGAAACAAGACGGGAUACUUUCAUGUUUAUACUUGUUUUUGUAUCUAUCUAAAUAUAUAUAAGGAUAUAUAUAUAUAUAUAUAUACCACCAAAUCUCACUUCUAAUAUGGAUGCCCUGAAUUCAUUGGUUUGGAAAAUUAUCUUAAAGAGGAUGUUUGCUAUUUAACGACAGGGGGGAAACAAAUGGCUGACAUCAAGCAGGUCGGUUGUUACUUUUGAGAGAAAGCAAAGUCCCUUGUUGAUGCAGACCCCCAGGGUGUUCCACCCAGUUCAUCCCUGGGGCAAAGGAAAAAAAGACACAAAAUAGAUGGAUAGUCAAAGAAAAAAAAAAAAGAGGAUAAGAUCACCACAAAACAUGAGAUGAGAAGAAACUUUUUUUUAAAGCAAACCACAUUUAAAGCACAUAAAAAUGUAAAAAAGAAAAACAGCCUCAGACGUACAAAUUAGCAAAUGUUAACAUAGAAGAACAGGCUUUGUCUCAGCAUGCCUCAGUAUGACCCAUAAUAUUAUCAGCUAUAAAGCCAGUAUUUCUGUCCCGGUCGUGAUGCUGAGGACCAUGUGAUGGUAAAUGCAUUUGGGCUUAUGGGAAGCGAUGCCCUCAGGGGACGUUUUGAUGGAUUGUGUUCAAGGGGAGAAGGUGUUCACGCAGUUAACACGCAGUUAACUCCUUCUGUCGCCACUUGCAGCCGUAAAAACGUGGAUUAAAUGCCCUUUCUAUUAAAUGGUGUAUUUUAAUCCUUGCAACAGCCAGCGUGGAAACGUAUUACUUGUCAACGCUUCGCUAAUUAUAAAUCUAUCUGGAUUACAGUUUUUACAAAAGUAUACACAUUUAUUUUCAAAGUACAGAUGCCCAUUCAACCUUUUUAUUUUAACAUUAUACUACUCUUGCAAACUGACCAUUGUGUCAGUUUGUGUAUUGAAGGGCUCUACUGGGGUGUUAGGGGGGAGGUUAAAGUCUUUAAGUGUGUGUGAUGGUGUGUGCAAAUAUGCCAUGUUUAUUUUUGUUCACUUCAUCUUCUGUGUGACAUGUCUGUGCGGUACUAUAAUGUAUAUACUGCCAGAAAAUAACAAAGUUGUUCAAUGAAAACUGUCAUUCACA